UCUUAUAUUCCCUUGAAAAUAUAAAAUUCCAAAAUUACCCCUACCUUCACCGUAUCUCUCUCCCCAAAUAAAUUACCCGCUUCCUUUUUCCCUUCAUCUUCCAUGCAAUCUCUCCUUCCCGCUCUCUCUCUAUUUUCCUCUUUCUCUCUCUGGAAACUUUAUUUAUAAACUCCUUUAUUUAUCCUUUUAUUUGUUUCUCUAUAUUAUCCUUGCUCCGGUUAACUCGGCGGCGAUUAGACCGAGUCAUUCACCAUGACUCGACGAUGCUCGCAUUGCAGCAACAACGGCCACAACUCCCGCACCUGCCCCACGCGCUCCUCUGGCGUGUCAUCUUCGUCAGCGUCUUCCGCUGCCGGAGUCAGGCUCUUCGGCGUCAGACUCACCGAUGGGUCCAUUAUCAAGAAGAGUGCCAGUAUGGGCAACUUGUCGGCGCACUACCAUUCCUCGUCAUCAGCAGCCGCUUCACCUAAUCCUGACUCUCCCUCAUCGGAUCACGUCCGCGAUUCGCGUAACGUUCCAGACGGGUAUUUGUCUGAUGACCCGGUCCAUGCUAGCUGCUCCACCAAUCGACGCGGAGAGAGAAAGAAAGGUGUCCCAUGGACAGAAGAGGAGCAUAGGCUAUUCUUAAUUGGUCUUCAGAAAUUGGGGAAAGGAGAUUGGCGUGGAAUAGCUAAAAAUUAUGUGGUGUCUAGAACUCCUACCCAGGUAGCAAGCCAUGCUCAGAAGUAUUUCAUCCGCCAGAGCAACGCCACACGAAGAAAGAGACGCUCCAGCCUUUUUGACAUGGCUGCAGAACCCCAGACAGUACCAGAAGAACAAGAGUUGCCAUCUUUAGGAGAAACUGAUAAUGCAGACGCACUACCUUCACUGAACCUAUCUCUGAAGCCAGAAUAUGAACCAAUGGAAACUGCAUCAGAAGAUCCAGCUAAAGAUUCUGAAGAAACAGUGAUGGAUUCCAGCGAAUCAAAACAAACUGUUCCCAAGUUAAGUGAAUCCACUCUAAUUGUUCCUCAGAUAAGUGAAUUCACACAGUUUGUUCCUGGAUUCUAUCCUGCUUAUAUGCCAAUCCCUUAUCCAUUUUGGCCUUCUACUACUGCUCCUCUUGAAGAAUUAAAAGGCGUAGGGACAUCAAAUCAUGAGGUCUUAAAGCCAGUUCCAAUCUUUCCCAAGGAGCCUGUCAAUGUAGAUGAACUGGUUGGCAUGUCGCACCUCAGCAUAGGAGAGACUGAGAGAGGCCAAAGAGAGCCCUCCCCACUCUCCCUGAAAUUAAUAGGAGAGCCAUCGAGACAGUCGGCAUUUCAUGCCAAUGCUCCAGCAGUGGGUUAAGAGUUAAGCCAGGGUAAUGGUAGUCCUAUACAAGCAGUUUGAAAUGGAGAAAAGGAACUGUAAUUUAGCACUUGAUUUGUUCCUUUCCCGCUCCCCUCCCCUCCCCUCCCCCUCAACACCCACCCCAUCACCCCCUUCCUCUCUUCUCCUGUACAAUUAAUCUUGUUUUACCUUUUUCAUAGCGUCAUGCUUUUUCUGUUCCUUAUAACAUAGGUUGACAAUGAUUUGGUUUGAAAUAUUUAUUCUUUCCAACUGUAAUCAGCUAGAAAUAUAAAUAAUUGAAUGGGGCAUGGCACCGGAUUGCCAUCUUAUUUCCUA